AUUCAGGACCCCUACAAAGGUUUCGGUCUGCCGUCGAUUGGUCGUCUAUCCAAAUAUGUUGAACCUCGUCACAUUGAGGGCGUACGCUGCGAUUCAGGAAUUCGUGAAGGCUCUGAGAUUUCCAUCUACUAUGACCCACUCAUUUGCAAGCUCGUCACUCAUGGUGCAGAUCGUCAACAAGCCUUAGAGCGCAUGGUCGAAGCCCUCGACAACUACGUUAUCAGAGGUGUGACAAACAAUAUUCCUCUGCUUCGCGACAUUUGUCAAGAAGAGCGUUUCCGAUCUGGCAACAUUACCACUAAGUAUCUCCCUGAAACGUAUCCCGAAGGCUUCCAAGGAGCAACAUUGAAUGAAGACGAAGAAGAGACAAUAAUUGGCGUUGCAUCGGCAUUGAACGCCCGCAAACUUGCACGUGCGAAUAUGUAUCUGAAUCACGAACGUCAGACUUCUACUUCUGUAGACCCUUACACAAAACACUACAGG